UCCAUCACAGACUCAAACAAUCGCAUCUUUACGCAGCUUAUUAGAACGAGAUCGAAUUCUUAUUUUUGAUAAAUAGGAUUUCAGAAGAUAUAACAUAUUGGCUCUGAACUUGUCAUUUGUUCAAGUCCUCCAAAGCACCUCCAUCUCAAUUUAAAGCAGUCGCCCGUAACGUUCAAGUGUUGACCACGAGAUCGAUCUUCACCGACCCCCGAUCAACUAUUUCAAGAUGAUGCAGACUGGAGCUUUCGUGUUCGUCUUGUUGAUGAGCUUGGUUUUCGAUGCGUAUGCAGCCUGCGCAUCCAAUCAGAGACUGGUUUGCAAGUAUGACUGGCCAAAACCCCCAUCUACCAACGCAAAUGACACCAAAAACUGUCCAAAAAAUAAAUUAGCUUGUUGCAACCUUUCUCCUUAUGCUGGGGGUGGGGCCAUCUCGUUUGACACCUGCGUAGCUGCAAAGUAGAUUGACAACUCCGCGGCGAUACAUCUAUUUCCACGAAAAUUGAUUGCAAGUUGGCUUGUGGGAGUUCACAAGCACAGUAUGUAAUUUUCCUGAUUUAAAGCACCAAAUUGUUGAUCAUAAGAUCAGGUUUAAUCUCUAUUAAAAAUUUAUUUUCUCGUGAAUACAUAUACAGAUCAAACUCAUAA